CAAACACAGCUAUAAGAAACCAAAAAUAAAAUAAACAACAAAAGACACCUAACAAAAUAGCAUAAGUUUUAAGCCCACACCUAAGUACAUACGUAUAGAAAAUGGCAGAGGCUCAAUCGCCAGCUGAAGAGCUAUCCACGGAGGAGCCACUGACCACACGCAAGCGUCCACGUCUGGAUGAGGAGCAGGAGCAGGAACUGAAAGUUGCUGGCUUUUCGCUCAGCGCCAUUGAGGAAAUGCGUCAGACACGUGACGCCGAGCUGCUAUCCGAGCCCAUUGAUCAGCAGCUGCGCCAGUUUCAGGUGCUUGACGAGGUAGGCACCGCCAGUGAGGAUGAUGAUUCAGAUGACAACAGCGACAAGCAGAACGGUGAGAAUUAUGCUGACGAGGAGGAGGGCGAAGGUGACGGCGGCGACUAUGAUUCUUCCGACUUUGAUGAUGAGGAAAUUGAGAAUCUUUUGGAUGAAAAGCUACCCGAAGAUCUGCGCGAAUCCAAGCGACCAAAAUACGAACAGCGCUUCAAGACUGUGCUUGAAGAGAAACGCCACAACCACUUCGAGGUGCUGCCGGAGGGCUGGGUGCAGGUGACGCACAAUAGCGGCAUGCCCCUCUUUCUGCAUCGCAAGACGCGUGUCUGCUGUGCCGCACGUCCAUAUUUUCUUGGCACGGGCAGUGCACGCAAACAUGCGGUGCCACUGGGUGCCAUACCCUGUCUGAACUAUCGACGUGCCCUGGACGAGGAAAUGGAGGCAGCGGAGCAACAGCUGCGCAAUACGGACAAUGCGCCGACUACAGAGAACAACAAUGAGGUGAUGACUGCGGGCGUUUGUCCUGUAGCGCAUGCAACAGCAAAUGCAGCACAGCCCAUGGAUGUGGAUGGCAAAGAGAACCAAAAUUCGGCUGAAUCCGAGUCCAAAACGGGCGAGACAACCACUGAGGCAUUGCAGUCACUAAUACCAGCAGCUAAAAUUGUAACCGUCAAUGAGAAUACACAAAAGGAGUCGGUGACACCGGAGCAGUUGAACACGUACUGCCAGAAACUCUUCCGGUUCAAGGUAAUACGCGUGCUGCGCUUUCGUAGCUGGAAUGCACGGCGCAAGUUCACAAAAAAUCGCAAGCAUAUCAAGAAUAUACAGCGGCCAACGCUGCCCGACGGCACCAAGCUGAUCAAGUUUCCCAUUUUGGCGGCCAGCGGUGCGGAAGGUGCCACAAAUCCGCGUGGACGCAAAGAGUGGAUCAUGAAUCCGAAUGGCAAGAGUUUUGUGUGCAUCUUGCAUGAGUAUGUGCAGCAUGCGCUAAAGACGCAGCCCACCUAUGAGUUCAAGGAGCUGCAGAACGCAGCUACGCCCUAUUCGGCAACCGUUUCGGUGAACAAUCUCAAGUAUGGCACGGGUUAUGGCACCAGCAAAAAGCAGGCCAAGUCGGAGGCGGCACGCGAAACACUCGAGAUACUCAUUCCCGAUGUGAAGGACAAAAUAACGGGCAAUAAUAAGGAUGUGAAAAGCGGCACUGCCAAGAAAACCCAAAGCGAUCUAUCUGUUUUCGAUGACAUCCGCAUCGAGGAUCCACGCGUCACGGAGUUCUGCAACAAGACCACAGAGCCCUCGCCCAAUGCCAUCUUGUUGACCUGCCUGCAGCGUAACUACGGCAGCGAUGUGCAGAUCACCCAGGAGAUCAAUCGUACGGCCAAUAACAAAAACGAGUUCACGAUGACUGUGGGCAAGCACACGGCCAAGGUGGUCUGCAAGAAUAAGCGCGAGGGCAAGCAAUUGGCAUCGCAGGCCAUACUGCAGAUUUUGCAUCCGCAUAUUCAAACUUGGGGCUCGCUGCUGCGUCUGUAUGGCAACAAUUCGAUCAAAACGUUUAAGGAGAAGAAACUCGAGGAGCAGGAGAUUACCGUGCUGCAGAGCAAGGCGGCUGUGAAUCAACCAAACUAUGCCAUUCUCGAAAAACUCAAAUCGGAGAUGCUGAAGCUCAGCGCCAAGCACGAGGGUGUCCAAACCAUGGGCACCUUUGUGCCGCCCAGUGAUGUUGACUUGCCCACUUCCUCCGGUUCCAAUUUGAACAACGUUGAAUUAUAGUUAUAAAACACAUAAUCAUCAUUGCCGUCAUUAGGUUUUUGGUUAUUCCACUUGCAUGACAAACUUUUACACAGUUACCCAAUGUGAUCCAUUCAAAUAUGACAAACAGCAAUGUGAAGAAUGUGUAUUGAGCUUAACAACGAGCUACACAUACUCUUUAAAAUACACUAACUUAAUAAAGAUCCUUACAAAUUCAACAUUAUAUUAUAUGACAAAAUGGAAUUAAUAAUAAAUAUGUGCGUUCCUUAUGCAUUAUUCUUCCAGCAUAUGCUUGAAUUUAUUAAAGUAUAAUACGUCUAGACUAUUCUGCAUUUUAAUUUCAAUUCUCCUUGGUACUUAUGAAACGAGACAUAAUUUUUAAGUGUUUCGUUUUUGACUGCGUGGAAUGAACACGGAAACGGAACUGGGAAGUUUUUAUUAACAAAGGAGUUGCCAAUUUCAUUAAGAAAAGUUUU